GAGCUGCAGUUACAGCCAUGGGCCGCCGCCCCGCCCGCUGCUACCGGUACUGUAAGAACAAGCCUUACCCCAAGUCUCGUUUCUGUCGAGGUGUUCCCGAUGCCAAGAUUCGCAUCUUUGAUUUGGGUCGGAAGAAGGCAAAAGUGGAUGAGUUCCCACUCUGUGGGCACAUGGUGUCUGAUGAAUAUGAGCAGCUCUCAUCAGAAGCCCUGGAGGCCGCUCGUAUUUGUGCCAACAAAUACAUGGUGAAAAGUUGCGGCAAAGAUGGCUUCCACAUCCGCGUGCGACUCCAUCCGUUCCACGUCAUCCGCAUCAACAAGAUGUUGUCCUGCGCUGGGGCCGACAGGCUUGACCGGAAUGAGAGGUGCCUUUGGGAAGCCCCAGGGAACGGUGGCCAGAGUCCACAUCGGCCAAGUGAUCAUGUCCAUCCGCACCAAGGUUCAGAACAAGGAGCACGUGAUCGAGGCCCUGCGCAGAGCCAAGUUCAAGUUCCCUGGGCGCCAGAAGAUCCACAUCUCCAAGAAGUGGGGCUUCACCAAGUUCAAUGCUGAAGAAUUUGAAGA